AUGUCAUCCCCAGUUCCAAACAAGAACACAUCGAGAAGCAGGAGCAAUAGCCAAGGUGGAAGUCAGUCAAGAAGUAGAAGAUCAUCCACAACCAAUGCCCUAAAGAACCAUCCCUUCCUACCGGAGGCCCCAAUUAUAUCCUCCUCUUCCGUCGAUAUAAACAAUCCAGCUCCAAGGGUAGUUGAUUUGGUAGCUCGACAUUUAGUUAAUACUACAAACGACUUGAAGUUGCAAGGAGGCGAUAUUACUAGAGAUUUAUAUAAAUGGACCAAUGAACACGAAAAUGCAGCAACAACAACAACAGGUAUGUCCCCUAUUCAAACUCAGAUCCAUCAACCUCCUCCUGCAGUUGCUUCUCCCAUUCAAUCAAAUCCCAUGAAUAACUUUGAUUCAAAAAGGAAAAGGUCAAUGAGUUUCUCUGCAAUUUCUGUUGAUUCAUUCACCAAUAAUAAUAAUACGGAAACAAAUAACUCUCCAGUUAGAAAUAAUAACAAUAUACCGGUCUCCAUGAUGACAACUGACGAAAUGAGGGCACCUGGAGGAUUUAGAAGAUCAUUCAUCAUUCAAAGACAAAGAAGAAGAAACCCAGACGGGAACCCCAAUCAAUUGCCAAACUUCUUUACCAGAAAUUUUAUUGAAUUUUUAACUUUAUAUGGUCAUUUUGCAGGUGAAGACCUUUCCGAAUCAGAGGAAGAACUGGAAGAAGGAGAAGAAGAAGGACUCGAUGAGGAAGAAGUCAUCGAAUCGGAAACAGAAUCUACAGCACUAUUGUCACCAACAACUUCACGUCGCCAUAAAAAUAAACAUAAAUCUUCCACUUUUAGGGCAAUCCUUCUAUUACUGAAAUCAUUCGUAGGAACUGGUGUACUUUUUUUACCCAAGGCAUUCCAUAAUGGUGGUUAUGGGUUCAGUUCCCUUUCAUUAUUCUUUUGUGCCCUAAUAUCAUACGGUUGUUUCUUAACUUUGAUCCAAACGAAGGACAAGGUCAAGGUGGAUGGGUAUGGUGAUAUGGGACAAAUUAUUUAUGGCAAAAAGAUGAAGUUUGCCAUUCUUUGGUCCAUUGUGUUAUCACAAAUUGGCUUUUCUGCUGCAUACACUGUAUUUACAGCGACUAAUCUUCAAGUAUUUUGUGAGAACGUCUUCUUUUCCUCAUCUUCACCAUCGUCAUCUUCAUCUUUGGCUCCAUAUAUCCUUUUACAACAACUAGUCUUUGUACCUUUAUCUCUAACAAGAAAUAUUGCAAAAUUGAGUGGUACAGCAUUAAUUGCUGAUUUAUUUAUACUACUGGGUCUAGUGUAUGUUUAUUUUUACUCCACGUCAUACAUAAUAAAAAAUGGUAUAAGCUCCAAGACAAUGCUCUGGUUAAACAAGUCAGAUUGGUCGUUAUUCAUCGGUACAGCAAUCUUUACAUUUGAAGGUAUUGGUCUACUAAUCCCCAUCCAGGAAUCUAUGUCCCACCCUCAACAUUUCUCCAAAUGUUUAUCUAUGGUCAUGUGCAUUGUAACUGUUAUUUUCAUCUCGUGUGGUCUAUUAUGUUAUUCUGCAUUUGGGUCGAAAGUGGAGACGGUCGUAUUAUUGAAUUUUCCUCACGAUUCUCCUUAUACACUAAUGGUUCAAUUAUUAUACGCUCUAGCUAUAUUGUUAUCCACUCCAUUACAGUUAUUCCCAGCAAUUAAGAUCCUAGAAAAUUGGUGUUUCCCAAUCUCUGCAUCAGGGAAGAAUAACCCCAAGGUCAAAUGGUUGAAAAACUAUUUCAGAUGCAUAAUAGUGUUACUCACUGCGUUCAUCGCAUAUGUGGGCGCCAAUGACUUAGACAAAUUUGUUUCCCUAGUGGGAUCAUUUGCAUGUAUACCGUUAAUUUACAUCUAUCCACCCUUAUUGCAUCUGAAAGCUUAUUGGGGAGAACAGACUAUACUGAGAAUGGUAUUGGAUUCAUUGGUAUUAAUCUUUGGCGUGGCUGUUAUGGGGUAUACCUCAUGGCAAACCAUUGCAAUGUGGUUACAUUGA